AUGACGGAUGACCAGGACAAGCGGCUGGGUUCCUUGGACUAUAUGCCUGUGGUGCAGAGGGAGCUAGUCGGUAAGGGUGUGGAGUUCAGCAACCAUUAUACCACGCAAGCCCUCUGCUGCCCAAGCCGGUCGUCGUUGCUCCGAGGGCAGCAGGUGCACAACACGAACAUCACAAACGUGGUUAAGCCGGGUGGCGCAUACAACAAAUGGGUUCUCUCGGGCCAAGAUGAGAACUAUCUGCCGCACUGGCUGAAAGAGGCAGGGUACAGAACGGAGUAUGUCGGUAAAAUAAUGAACGGUUAUGGAAUCUCUAAUUACAAUGUCACGUUAAAAGGGUGGGACCAUGCUGACUGUGUUCUGGAACCCUACAUUGAUGACUAUAAUGUGCCCGUGUUCUCUAAGAACGGCGAACGCCCAACAUAUUACCCCGGCUGGCACCAGACUGAUAUCACGCGAAUCAAGGCGCUCGAUCGCUUGGACUAUCUUACCAACCAUUCUCAGCCUUUUUUCCUUGGGAUUACACCUUUCACGCCCCACAUUGCCUUCCAGCAAAAAGGACCUUCGCACAGGCCGAUUCCACAGAAGCGACAUUUUAACCAGUUCGCAGAUGUUACAGCGCCUCACCCUCCCAACUUCAACCCGGCGGAUGAGCAUCAAGAUGGGAAGUCCGGAUGGGUAAGAUGGCUAUCGCCCAUGAACGAGUCAGCAAUCAACUUCGCGGACUUUGUGUACAGGUCGCGGCUCCAAGCCCUGCAGGGCGUGGAUGAGAUUGUUGAGGACGUCAUCACGAUGCUCGAGGAGAAGGGAGUCCUCAACAACACCUACAUCAUCUACACAUCAGACAAUGGCUACCACCUCGGCCAGCACCGCGUGCCCGGCGGCAAGUCCCUCUUCUACAACGAGGACGUCAACAUCCCCUUCGUAGUGCGCGGGCCCGGCGUCCCAGAGGGCGUGACAUCAACAACCCCAGGGUUGCACCUCGACCUCGCGCCGACCUUCCUCGAGAUCGCGGGCCUCGACAGGUCCAGGUGGCCCUCGUUCUUCGACGGCCGCUCCCUCCUGGGGCAGUGGCACGCGCCCAACUCGUACAACGACGCCGGCAGGGGCAACAGCAACGGCAAGGAGAGCAUCAACGUGGAGUACUGGGGCCUGGUGGGGGUCGAGGCGCCCAGCGCGGCGUCGCUGGGCGCGCCCUUCUACAACAACACGUACAAGACGAUCCGCACCGUCGGCGAGGAGCAGAGCUGGGCGUACGCGGUGUGGUGCAGCGGCGAGACGGAGCUGUACAACGUCACGGCGGACCCGUACGAGCUGACCAACCUCGCGCGCGGCGCCGGCUCCUCGGCGCCGUCCGGGCCCGAGUCCGAGGCCGCGAGGCAGGUCGCUAACCGGCUGAACGCGCUGCUCAUGGUGACCAAGUCGUGCGAGGGGGACCGGUGCAGGGACCCCUGGGCGCAGCUGGACCCGGGCGACGGCACGGCGCUCGUGUCGCUCGCGCAGGCGAUGGACGCGCGCUAUGAUGGCUUCUUCCGGGACUUUGAGAGGGUGCGGUUCGAGACGUGCAGGGACAUCCAGCUCACCGACAACGAGGCGCCGUACUACCCGAAGCUGGGCACGCUGCCCGGUGGUGGUCUGGGCAGGGCGCACCGUGGGCCGACGGAUGUUAUUGCGCCCAACCCGGGCGUCAGGGUCAUACAGACUGCUGAGUAUUACGGCACUGCUGAUCAGAGGAAUGCGACGGCGGCGGAUAUCGAGGCCGUUUCGAGGCUGCUGACCGAGGAGGAACUUUCAGCCACGUAG